AUGAUUCUCAAGCAGGAUGCUGGGGCUCCAAGCCCGGGCCACAUGUUCCUCAGAUCUCUUCCACAUUGCCGUGCGGACAGUCGGAGCCGACUGUCCAUGCUGAGGCUGACGCAGGAAGCUCUGAAAGGGUUCCUCGAAAAUUGCAACUUGGAGAUGCACUGCAUGGGGGGCCAAAGCGUGGGCAGCUUGGCGGUGUUUCUCAUAGCCUAUGCGAAGCUGUUGCUGCACACCAACCUUUUUGAGCCGCAGCUUGCUGCUAGCCUCAUCUUGGUGGUGGCGGGCCUGACCACCUUCGAGCUCGGCCUCCGCCAUGGCUUGAUGCCGCUGGGGGAGGAGGUGGGCGUUGCCUUGCUGAAGGCUCCAAAGUACGUGGUCUUCCUCACAGCCUUUUGCCUCGCGGCAAUUUGCACGGUGGGGGAACCCGCCAUGGGCUCUCUGGAAGAGGCGGGGAAGUUCGCCCACCCUACGAAGGUGCCGCUCUUAGUUCGGAUCCUGAAGCAGCCAGUGGUACUGUUGCUGGCGGUGGCGCUGGCGGUGGGCUUUGCCGCCGUGCUGGGCUGCAUUCGCCUGCUCUACGACCUGAGCAUCAAGCGGUGUCUGCUAUUUUCCGCUCUGCCAGCAUUGAUCGCCACAAUUGCUUGCGCGAGCAAUGGGGGCGCGCUGCCCCAGGUGGCAAGCCUCGCCUGGGACUGUGGUGCUGUGACCACAGGACCCGUCACCGUGCCCAUCGUCUUGUCACUGGGCAUCGGGCUCACUGCGAGGGCGGUGGGCGAGUAUGCGGAGGAGACAGAGCCGGAGCUCUCUGGCUUUGGCAUCGUCUCUUUAGCAUCGCUGUUUCCAGUCUUCAGUGUGUGGGCACUGGCUGUGGCAUUUGGUGGCCGAGCGGUCACUGCAGAGCCAUUCCUCACGAACACGACCAUCGUCGAAGACGAGGUCCAGAUGCUCUUGGACUCGGCCUUGGUGCCGUGCCGUUCUUUAUUGCCCCCUACGGGCUGUCUCCUGCUUAUUCAACUCAUGCUGAAAGAGCCGCUGCAAGACACGUCCACCACCUUCAGCGGCAUCACUGCCUGCUUCGCAGGUAUGUUCAUGUUCACCCUGGGCUUGCACCGGGGCCUCUUGCCGCUGGGAAUCGGUGUUGGCCGUCUCUUGCCCUCGGCCGUGCUGAUUUAUGGAGAGGCCCUGGGGGCCUUCACGAUCUUGGGCUUCGGGUUCCUGGUGGGGACCCUGGCCACCUGCAGCGAGCCCGCGCUGGUGGCACUGGGCAAGACGGUGGAGAGGCUCUCCGCGGGGCAGUUCCCGAAGGAUCGGCUGGUUUUUUCAGCAGCCGUGGGUGUGGGCGCUGGCACAGCGCUCGGAAUGGCGAAGGUCUUUUAUGGCCUUGAGUUGUUCUACAUACUGCUUGUCGGCUACUCGCUGUGUCUGGUAUUGACCUUCCUCGCGGAUGACGCCCUGGCGGCGAUCGCCUGGGACUCCGCGGGGGUUACCACAGGGCCCAUGACGGUGCCGGUGGUGCUGAGCAGCGGCCUGGGCCUGGGCAAGGCCGCGGAGGUGGGCGAGGCCUUCGGCAUUCUGAGCUGUGCCUCCAUGGGCCCCAUCCUGGCCGUGCUGCUGAGCUCGCUGAUCGGCGAGCGGCACACAACUCGGACCUCCCGGCUCACGGAGAUGCAGAUCAUGGGCGGUCUCCGCUCCGCAAGAUCAACGACCUUUUCAUCGCGCUAA